AUGCGUCUUACACUCGCUUUCCUUCUCUUCUUGGUUGCCCUCACUGUGGCUCUACCAGUGGCCAAUCCCGCCAACAACAAAUCCCCCACUACCAAGGCAACCACUAAGGCAACCACCAAAGCACCCACCAAGGCAACGAACGCAAAGCCCUCUUCUGAUAAGAAGAAACUGGAGAAGGGCAUCAAAGAUAAUCUUAAAGCCGGCGACAAGGAGAUCUCUGCCACUGAGAAGGCACAGAACGCUGCCAAGAAGAACGACGCCAAGGGCCUGAAGAAGGACGAGAAGAAGAUCAAUAGUGCUUUGGAUGAGGCAACUAAGGACCGCCAGAAGAACCAGAAGAUUGCUGGUAACAAGGACCCUGCCCUGACCAAGGGACUUGGAAAGGUCGAGAAUGCGCAGAAGGGUGCGAAGCAGACAGUCAAUGGCUUGACUGGUGACCCUAAGAAGGAUAAGGGGUCGUUGGACAAGCUCGAUGCUACUUUCAAGAAGGGCAAGAAGACUAAUGAGGAGAACCUGAAGGAGGCCAAGAAGAACUUCAACUAG